UUCAUCUCAUACAUUUCUCUUUGCCUUAAGUCUUUUAAAAAUGGAAGCAGUGAAUGGAUGUUCAUCUUCUUCAUCAUGUGAUACAUCUUCUUCUUCUUCUUCAAAGUCAUCUUUGUCUGCAAUGGCUUCGAGCAAAUCUGAGAAGAUCAAAGGUCCAUGGAGUGCCGAGGAAGAUAGGAUUUUGACUCGGUUCGUUGAGAAAUAUGGACCCAGAAACUGGUCUUUGAUAAGCCGUUAUAUAAAGGGUCGAUCAGGGAAAUCAUGUAGGCUUAGAUGGUGUAACCAGCUCAGCCCCAGUGUGGAGCAUCGUCCGUUUUCACAAGCUGAAGAUGAGACCAUCUUGGCUGCUCAUGCUAGGUUCGGUAACCGGUGGGCCACCAUUGCUAGAUUGCUUCAUGGGAGGACUGAUAAUGCUGUGAAGAAUCAUUGGAACUCCACGCUGAAAAGGAAGGCCAAAGAAUCAAAACAGCAACAGCAACGAAAGGAACAGAUCUCAAUGAGUACUUAUCAGCAAAUGGAUGAGGAAGCCUUGUCGACGUCGUUGACUCUAGCGCCGCCUGGUAGUGGAACUGCGUCGGUGGCGGAGAGGAGGAUAAGUGUAUCGGCGGAGCUUUGGGAUGUAAUGAGAGAUGUGGUAGCAAGAGAAGUUAGAGAGUAUAUGAGCUCAACUUCAUCACACUGAAGCAUCAAGAUUUCACUAAGCCAUUGUAUUAUUCUGUAUUAAUCUCCCUAUGUUUUUGAACAAAUAAAAAGAUUGAGAAAAACGAUAA